AUGUCCAAAACCUAUCGAGCAGGACUUGUUGGCUGUGGCGGCAUGGGACGCCACCAUCUCAACGUCCUCAACGACUUACCCGAAUUUGAACUUGUCGCGCUCUGCGAUAUUUUUCCCGAUGCCGUCAAUAAAUCGGGAGACGAAUAUGGUGUCGAAGCGCGUUACCUCGAUUUCGAUCAGAUGUACGACGAAGCGAAUUUAGACCUCGUCACCGUCGCCACGCAGACACGAGGUCAUCAUGGACCAGUAGUUGCAGCGUUACGGCGGGGAAUCUCCGUCUUGUGCGAGAAGCCGAUUGCCAUUGACCUCGUCGAAGCGGAUGGCAUGGUCGCUGCUGCGGAAGCCUCCGGCGCGAAAUUCGCCAUUCAUCAACAGAACCAUGUCAACCCCGGCAUCCGGAAAGCACAAGCGAUGGUGCAGGAAGGGGGCAUCGGCGAUGUAAUCUUGGUGCGAGGGAGAAAUAAAGCCGGACGCAAAAGUGGAAACGAGUUCAUGGAGAUGGGAACACACGUCGCGGACAUGAUGCUCUGCUUCGGUGGAGUUCCAGAGUGGUGUUCGGGGGACGGUUUACAACGAGAACCAAUCCGCCGGACCGACGGACAUUAUGGAGGCGAAGGAGAUGUCUCCGCGAGAUCGGGACUCUGGAUUGGUGAUGGGGACACGCGCAAUAGCGCACUACGGUUUCCAAGGCGGCAUCUGGGGUGA